GAAGAAAGGGAAGAAGGAGAAGGGGGAGAACGGGAAUGGGAAGAAGGAGAGGUCUGAGGAUAUGGAUGAUGAUCUGAGGGAGUAUAAUCUUGAGGACUAUGAUGAGCCUACGGAGGAGGAGCGCAGGAGUGGUGGUAGUGAGUCUUCUCGAUAUGUGGGGUGGGUGGGUUGAAGGGUGUGGUGUGCUGACUGCUGGAAGCACUGGGGAUGUUUGGCAACGUCAAGUCGCUGGCGUACUACGAGCCCGGCGAGGAGGACCCAUACAUCACGCUUGCGCCCAACGGAGAAAUGGACGAGGAGGAGCGGGAGGAGCUGCAGAUCCUGCCGACGGACAACCUGCUGUUGGUGGGGAAGGUCGAGGAUGAGAUUGCGCACCUCGAGGUGUACGUCUACGAGGACGAGGCGGACAAUCUGUACGUGCACCACGACAUCAUGCUGCCGGCGAUCCCGCUGUGUCUCGAGUGGCUCGAUGUGCCGGUCAAUCCCGGCUCCACGAUUGCGGCGGAUGCGCGGGGCAACUUCGUGGCGAUCGGAACGACGGAUCCAGACAUCGAGAUCUGGGACCUGGAUACGGUCGACAGUAUGUUUCCGAAUGCGAUCCUGGGUGCCGGCGGCGAUGAGAAGGCGCGGAAAAAGAGGAAGAAGAAGAAGUCGCCCAAGGCAAACGACGAGUACCACGUCGGCGCUGUCCAGGCUCUCGCGGGAAACCGCCAACACCGCAAUCUCCUCGCCUCCGCGUCCGCCGAUACGACUGUCAAGCUGUGGGAUCUCACCACGACCAAGUGUGCGAAAUCCUACAGCUACCACACGAACCAGGUGUGCGCGCUUGCCUGGAACCCGUCGCAGGCAACGACGCUGCUCUCCGGAUCUUACGAUCGGACCGUGGUGUGGGCGGACAUGCGAUCGCCGGACGCGAAGCAGCCCACGUGGGGAGUCGAGAGCGACGUAGAGGCGCUCAAGUGGGAUCCCCACAACCACAACUUCUUCUACGUCUCGACCGAGUCCGGCUACGUUCACUUCUUCGAUACCCGCACGCUCCCCACCACCCCCGCCGACUCGAAACCCGUGUGGACCCUCCAGGCACACGACAAGGCAGUCUCCGCUUUCGACAUCAACCCGAUCAUCCCCGGCUUCCUCGCCACCGGCUCCGUCGACAAGACCGUCAAGCUGUGGAAUACCCAGGCGUCCGCCGGAGGCCCCAGCAUGGUCGUCAGCAGGGAUAUGGACGUCGGCAAAGUCUUCUCUACCAGCUUCGCGCCGGACAAGGAAGUGGGCUUCCGACUGGCCGUCGCCGGAUCCAAGGGUGUUGCCACCGUGUGGGACACCUCGACGAACGCGGGUGUGCGCCGGGUCUUUGGCGACCGCGUCAAGGUCUCUGAUCCCACGAAACCGGAUCGUGCGGUCAGGACAAAUGCUGGCGACUACGAGAGCGAGAGUGAUGACGAGGAGGGUGAGGGCGCGAGCGGUGAUGAUGAUGACGGCGAGGAGGCUGCCGCUAUGCCAGAUGGAUGGGAAAGUAUGGAUGAUGAAUAGGCGGGCUGCAGGCGUAAUUUGAUAACCCGGGUUGUUUUUGUAUAUAGGUCGCUGUCUUUUUGCUUGGGUUGGGUGGGGAUAAAAGUAAUUGAUUUUCAACACAUGGG